UGCAUUAAUGUUUUAACUCAAGAUCUCCAUCUGAAGGGUCACUGACAAACUGGUCGCGCGUAUAAUAAAUUGUCAAGAUAAACUGAGAGGUUUUGGAACCUUUGUACAAACAUAUUUGAGAUUUGUAUCCUUGGUGCUAAGGACUAAUUUGUACUGAAAAUGCCAACACUGUUUGCUCAAAGGCCUAAAAACAGAUCAUACUUAUUAUUCAUCUCAAGUGUAGAAAAAACCCUAGGGUUUUGUGUCUUUGACCUAAGCUUGGCUUAGCAGGAUAAGCGCUUCAUAUCUACCUGUCUGUCAACCGUUUCUUCGGGAUUUCAAUGCACUGGGAAAAAAAUACAUACAGGGAUGUCUGCUAUUUUCUAAAUCAAAGGACACAUCUAAGGAAAAAAGGAAAAAAUUCAUGCAGAUCAACUGUUCUUUACAGACACGAGUCAGUGGACAGUGAUUGGCAACCUCUUCCAAAUCUAAACUAAAAAACGUUCUACAGUAUAGAAUGAAAAAGAGUGCAUCCGCUAAAUCUGGAGUCUAAUUCUAAACAGAUUUUGGCUUCAUCGCAAGAGGGUGAUAUCCGUAAAUAGUUAAAAUUAUCAGGAAACCUUUCUUCGGUUCUUAGCGGUGUGUUUGUCUUCACCGCAAUUCUAUAGUUACAUAUGUAAGUAUGUGAGCUAACGAUACAAACAGACCAGGCAUUUGUGAUAUAGCUUGCGUGCUGUAAGCUGGUAAUGGUAAGAUUUAAAGAGAAGCUGUACCAGACAAAGAGAAGUGUCGAAAGCAAAACGUCAUCUGGUAUACUUUGCCAAGCACUACAUACGGAAUUGCCUUGCAAGGUUAGAAGCUCGUAGUCUCAGUUGCUGCCAACGUAAGCAUUGUACGAGUUGAACGACGAAUACGAUUAACAUUCUUUAUCAAUAACUAAAAGCCCCGAAGAAAAAAAAAACAUUGAUACCAUCUAUUAACGGCCAAGGAAAAUCACCCCAAUUUUUUCAGUGCUUGCAGACCUAUACACGGCACAUAAAGCUACAAGCUACGACCUUACCAUCAUGGAGUCAAAAAGCGAUGUAAAUGCAUCCGUUCCAACAAAUCAUACAGCUGAUUUUCCAAGUCUCGGUGAAUCGGUAGAGUUCAGAUCAAUCAAAAUCAGUUUCUACUUUUUGAUUCUGUUUGGCAGCAUCUUUGGGAAUGGAAUGGUUGCGUAUGUCAUUUGUUCCACUCGAAAAAUGCGCACCUCAUCAAACUAUCUUAUUCUGAACCUGGCUAUAUGUGACAUCUUGACUCCUGUUAUUAGCAUACCGUUUGAUUUUGUACUUGAGGACAACGGCUACGUUUGGCUUUACGGUGGAUUUUUGUGCAAGACUCUAUGGCCUGCAGCCACCAUGACAGCAACUUCAUCAGCCUUAACACUGGCGUUGAUAUCGUUCGACCGAUACCGAUUGAUCAUGCAUCCUUUUAAGCCUCGUUUGACUUCUAAAGUUAUCAAAAUUGCAAUCAUUUGUAUUCAUAUCUUUGCAGCAAUUGUAGUUUCACCUUAUGCAAGUAUGUUGGAGUUGCAGAAUGGUUCGUGCUCAGAGGUAUGGCCUAAUGUUUAUAGAAAAUGCUACACUGUUGUUUUAUUCCUUGUGCAAUAUGGGAUCCCUCUUCCAUUUAUGGUCAGGAUGUACUACCUAGCAUUGAAGAAUCUCUACAAAUCAACCCGCAAAACGUCUAUUAUGCAAGCGCCGUUCAUCGACUUUAGCAAAGAUCAAAAAAAGAAGAGUAGAAAAGAGAGGAAUGAAAAUGCAAAUAGAAAAAGGAGAUACAGCGAGAGCCAACUAAAAGAAAACCAGUCCAAUAAAAAAGCAACGAAAAUGUUCAUUACAAUAGUAACGAUUUUUGCUAUAUUCAUGCUUCCAAACCAACUUGUAUGGCUUUGGGCAGACUUUGGAGAUGGGUUUUCUAUUCAAGGUUUCGAAAAAGCMGUCAUUAUCUGCUGGCUUUUUACGUAUUGUAAUUCGGUUUUCAACCCGGUGAUUUUUACCAUCUUCAGUUCCGAUUAUAGGAAUGGUUUUAGAAGGAUUCUUUCGUAUUUGUACGAUAAAAUGAGUGGUGCACCGAACAAGGAAACCCGAAAGACAUCCAAUACUUCUCGAUGUACGAAUAUCUCGGUUGCUGACGAACAAAAUGGAACGACUUUACGUCUGCCCUUCGAUUCUAUUGAAAAAAACCUUACGUCAAAAUCUGCAAAAUAGCAUAACAUUGAGUUAUCAAGCGUCUCACGAGGGAAACUUAAUCAUUAUUUGUAUAUACUUUAGAGAGAAUAAUAGAAAAGGUUAAUGAAUUCCUGGUGUGAAAACUAAAAUCACAUUAAGGCAAUAAUCAAAUGAAAGUUAUUUUGCCUCUAGGCAAUCAGUUGGGGUAAAAAAAUAAUAUUUACAUAAGUCGUUAAGAUUUAUGACAGUGGCACAAAAAAAGAUUACCAAUCCAAGGACUUAGGUUGAAGGAAAUUAAAUAGAAUCAGAUGUACGGCGGAGGAGUGAAAAAUAGCAAUUAGUUUACGAAAUUAAAGGUUGUUUUUUUCUGGGUUUUUUUUUUUUUUUCUUUUUUCUUUUCGCGUGGCGUAUAGUCACACGUUGUAUACUACUUAAAGUUUUCCAAUUUGCCAAUUCGAAAUUUCGUAUUGCCAUUGUACCUGCACUAUUCAAAAGCGAAUGAAUAAAUUUAUUCAAAAAGGAAACCUCGUCGCUUUCCUUUCCCGUAGCGGAUUUACUUAGGUAAUUAAAGAGGAUGCUCUCAAAAGAACAAAGCUUUUAAAGUGCAUAAAUACUGAGGAAGACGGUUUGAAAUUUCAACCUCCAUGGUAGGCGAAUU